GUUUGAGAUUCUUGUGCCAGUUGUCAAAUCGAUUGUGAGUCGAACGGUUUGCAUUUCCAGUCGAGGUUGAAAGCAAGCCCCUAAAACGGCUACAGCGGUGCAACGCAUUGUGAAACUGUUGAUGCUACAGCAGCUGAAACUGCUGCGAAAAUUCCUGCAAGUGACUGCAUUAGCAAAGCGUUAAGCAUACGCCACGUUGUGCGAACAAAAGUGAUUAACAGCGAAAGAAGAGUGUUAAGUAAAAGUGCCAAGUGGCAAGUGGCAAGUGGCAGGUGCAAAGAGUGUUAAUAACCAGCUCAAUCCUGGGUAAUUUGUGGCUAGUCAUUAGAGAUUACCUCUUUGCCAAAAUGGGUCCACCGAAUGCGACGUCCGCCGUGCACGGCACGGAGUUGCCGCCGAAGACGACGGAACGGAGCGAUGCUCCCGUCGAGUUGACCGGAUACCGCAAAUGGCUGAGCGAUAAUCUAAUGCUGCUCGUUACGCUCUCCGGCGUACUUCUCGGCGUCGUCUUGGGUCUCUUGCUGCGACCGCUGCAUCUGGACGGGGAUUCAAUAAUGCUGAUUUCGUAUCCUGGCGAGCUGUUUAUGCGCGUGCUGAAGCUCAUGAUUCUGCCACUGGUCAUCUCCAGUCUGAUCGCCGGCUCGGCCAGUCUCAAUGCGAAGAUGAACGGGAAGAUUGCUCUGCGUACGCUCAUCUACUUUGCCUCCACCUCGCUCUUCAAUGCAGCCCUGGGCAUUGCUCUCGUACUCCUCAUUCAUCCUGGAAAUCCGGACUUGCAUAAUGCGGAUGAUCGGGCCACGGACAGGAAGUCGGUGAAAUUACUGGAUAGCCUCUUGGAUUUGGGCAGAAACAUAUUUCCGGACAAUCUGUUCCAAGCGUCGAUCCAACAGGCGCACACGGUCUAUCUGCCCAAGCCGAGCAUCCUGCGGAGCAGCUUCAAUGAGACGCUGAACGACACGGCUGUGGCACUGCUGCACGGCGUACAGGGAGUGCAGGGAGUGCAGGGAGUGGAGGGAGUGGAGGCGCACCAUCAGCGACUGGAGGUGAUGGAGGAGGUGGUGCUGGUGCGGGAUGUGCAGUAUCGGAGUGGCACAAACACACUGGGAAUUGUGUUCUUCUGCCUCGUGUUUGGCACCUUCCUGGGCACCAUCGGACAGAAGGGUCAGGUGGUGGUGGACUUCUUUGCGGCCGUCUUCGAGGUGAUCAUGAAGAUGGUGACGUGCGUGAUGUGGAUGACACCGAUUGGCAUCAGUUCGGUCAUCGCCGGCAAGAUACUGAGUGUCGACAAUCUCAGCCUGGUGAUGGCCCAGCUCAUCUGGUUCAUCAUCACGGUGGCCAUUGGCGUCCUUCUCUACCAGUUCAUUGUGAUGCAGGCCAUCUACUUUGUGUUCGUGCGUCGCAAUCCCUUCAAGUUCUACAAGGGCCUCAUCGAGCCCAUGCUAACUGCAUUCGCAACCGCAUCAACCGCCGCCGCGUUGCCGAUCACAUUCCGUUGCAUGAACGACAAGUUGCGAAUGGAUCCUCGGAUCACCCGGUUCGUCCUGCCCAUCGGCUGCAACAUCAACAUGGAUGGAACCGCUCUCUUCAUCGCCGUCGCCUCGAUCUUCAUUGCCCAGAUGAGCGGCAUGGUCCUCGGAUUCGGUGAGCUUCUCACGGUCCUUCUCACCUCGACUGCGGCCUCGAUGAGCUCGGCGAGUGUUCCGAGUGCUGCUCUUGUUCUUCUCCUCGUCGUCCUCACAGCCAUCGAUGCGCCUGUCCAGGAUGUGACACUGCUCUUUGCCGUCGACUGGUUCGUUGAUCGCAUUCGCACCACCAACAACAUGCUAGGGGAUUGUUAUGCCGCCGCCGUGGUUGAGGAACUUUCCCGCAAGGAACUCAUGGCUUUGGAUGCCGCUGCAGUCAACUAUCCGGAUCUAAACGCUAGCACGCCCAAUGGACAUCUUGGAGGUCUUCUAGAGGGUCAAACGGAGCUAGAGGCGUCCAAUAAGAGCGUCAUGUCCGAUGCAGUUGUCGUGGACAUGAGUGCAGUCAUGAAUAAUGUGAAUCUGCAGCAGGAUCACAACAAUCGACGGGUCUAAGUUGGACUAAUUCAUCAGUUAAACAAAAAGAAGAUCAAAGUAGAGCAGGUCCUGCAAAUAAACCACCAACAGACCACAGUGUUCCCCCCACAUAAACACCUUUUGAUAGACAUUUUUUGAUUUUUGAUAACUAACAUCAAUAGAAUAGACAGGGAUCACAAAUAAGUGUAAUAAGUUGAAAAACCUCAAGAAAGGGAAAUUUUUUACAUACUUUUUUUUGUUUGAAGUGUCCAAAUAUGUGAACAUAAACAUUAUUUUAUUGUUUUUAUAUGUGAAUUAAUAUUUCAUAUUGUUUUUUACUUGAAUUAGAAUGUUACGUUUCCUGGAAAAAAAAACCCAAAACUGAUUGUGAGACUGUCCAAAACAAUUUUUGAUAUGAGUUCAUAAAAGCCCACCCUGAAAGUCUCUUUAUAGAUCUUUACUUAUACACGCAUUCAGAAAUAUAUUCGUAUUUUGAUUCGAUAUUGAACUUGAAUUUUGAGUGCAGUUUUCCACAAGGCCUGACCAAAUGUCAAUAGAAGCUACUUAGCCAAAUCGACUUAGUUCGAUUAUAAACAAUAAUCUUAUUCAAUUACUACCAUAUAUUGUAGAAGUCACAAAAUAUUAUUGUAAUCAAAAUAUACUAUAACCAAAAUCAAAACAAAUAGUAACAACUGUCUUUGGCAUGCCGAAGAUUUAAUACCCUUGCAGAUGCUAUCUUUAAUUUUUUGUGCGAGCAUGGACUUAUUUGUAGAUUAAGAAGUUCUUAUUCUUACGAUAUAUUUAUUUUUUAGUAGUCCGAUUUUGUGAGCAUUGAUCAGUAAUGGAUUUAUAAUGUAACUAAUAUUUUAUUAAUAUAUUUUCGAAGAAAAACAAGCUUUUUUUUUUAUCGAAAACUGUUUAUAUUGUCAAUAAUUCUUAUAUAUUUUAUGGGUUAUACAUUUCAUAAGAGAAUUAAAGUAACCAAUGCAAGGGUAUCUAAUUAACCAAGAAGAACAACAUUUUUGUGAUGUGUUUUAAACUAUGCAUAAUCUAUGGGUAUUAUUUUGUAAGCUCGGUCGACUAGGCGACCUUUUGUGAUUGAGUCAUUGACAGAAUAGAACAGAUCAGAAUAGAAUGGGGAAAUGUUAGCAUGGUAUUAGGGGAGAUUUACAUUUAAUUUUUUUUAUUUACAAUAAUUAAAUGAAUAGUUUUUCUGUAAGUUAGCAGUGAAAAUGCAGGUUGUAUACGAAGUUGGCCUAGAUAUAGUACCCAUCCAAUAACAGAACCACUCGAACACACACACUCGUUUUAAGAAGCAAUCUUAUUAUGAAUAAACAAUCAUAUUUAUACUGAAUUUGUUAACACACAGACACACAUAUGAUUAUCCAAUUGCAUACGUAGACUGAUAGUAGAAUUAGUGUGAUUACUGAAACAUAUAUUAAACCUAUACAAAUCUACUAUAUAAUAUAUAUAUAAAAUUAUAACCAACAUUCGAUUUGUACGCAAACGCAGAAUACAAGAAUAAAACUUAGAUGAAACUUUAA